UAUCUCGUGAAAAAGAUAUUGAUUAUUGGACGUAACGCAUUUAAAACCGUGCGCUACCAACUCCCAGUUCGGAUUAUUAGUUUGUCUUAAUCACAUGCUUGUGUUAUUUCUGAUUGUUUUCGAUUGUUUAUAAUAUUAAAUUCUCGGCGUUUUACGUGUUUUCUGUGUCGUUAUCUCACCUUUUCUUUUGUUAUUUUUUCCAGAUAACACAGCACACCGGGUGCCUUCAGGCUAAACGCAUACUUAUCAAACGCUGAUGUUAUAAUUACAUAUUUGCUACCGCUGUAAUUUCGGUCACCAAAUAUAUUUUACCUACACCAUUAGGUUGCUUACUAUUUCGGCUACGGCCUGUGGUUGAGGAUCAUAAUACAUUAUUAUUAUAGAUCGUUCUGCACCAUUGGCUUGUUUUCUUAUUCACUAUCGCUAUCGGGUUUAUAUUUUGCUUACAAGACACAAACGUUGCUGAGUAGCAUUUGUUAACCGAGUGACCUUUACUUGUGGUAGAUAUUUUCAGAAGCACCUUUCAAGUAACAUUCUUUAUCUAAAGAGAUGGAUCAUUUUCUUAAACGGAUGCCUGCAUUCAGUCGUGCAUUAGGUGAUAUUGAUUCUAACAGUGAUGAUGACGACGAAGACUUAGUCCUUGAUCAGAAUGAUCAUGAUGUUCCUAGUAAUUCCGUGCUAUUCACAAAUGAACAAGAUGAAGAAACAAACACCUAUCAAGUAUUUCGAGGCUACACAUCAAUAUCACAUGUCAUUUUAACUUUUGGACCAUUAACAAGUGCAUUCAUAACUCUUGGUAUGGAUAUCACCGACAGAAAUCCAUCGGUUAUUAAAGUAUCAUAUAAGAAAACUUCUCUAGUAUUUAACAGUUACUAUCUUCAAGAUUAUGACAACACACUGAUUAUUUGUAUGAAAUAUGAACCUAAAUAUUUGUGCUAUCAACACAAGCACAUUCUGUGUAACUACUUCCAACGUGUUUUUUGUCAUAAAGAGAAUUUCGAUAAUGGUUUAAUGACCAUUAAAGAUAUUAGUGUACUAUGUAGUCGACCGGUGACUCAGUACCUUCCAAGGUUAAAAACACGUCCCCCUUUUAUUCGAUGUAUACCAACUUAUUCUUUAUUGAAUAGUCAGUUUUCAAAGCUAGAAGAACCGACAAUCAUAACAGGCCUACCGGCUGAAGCUCUGAAUUGGUUUUAUUUCAAGUCCUUACCAGUCAAUGUAUAUAUUGUAUUUUAUUUACCACACGUUAGUGUAUGUGAAUGGUCAUCAGUAAAAGAGAUAUUCAACUGUUUAUUACCAGUUGGUAUUGAGAUAAUGCAUGAGCAGUUUUCAUCCAACAAUGAAUGGGACAAUAAGUUAUUGGAUGAAAAACUUAGGGAGAUGUGUAUUACUACAGUCUGCAAUAAUGAGCGUGCUAAAACAGACCAUAUGUAUACUUGAGCUGUGAUUUCACUUCAAAUUUGGCGUUAUUUUUUUGAACAUUCAUGAUAUUUUAAUUUUUUAAAAGAUUUUUAUGAUAAUUGGUAAUAAAUAGAAAUAAUUGAACACAGUACAGUUUUAG